AGAAGGAACUUGAUUUUCACUUAAAGAUGUAUGCCAUUACCAACUUUUUUCAAUAUAGAACGAAGACAUCUUGCCCGAUGGUUUUGCAUGUUGUGUGUGUUGAUUACCCCAAUUGCAAGUGGGCUGUGCGUGCUGUCUGCAUCGAUAAAGUGUCAUUGUUUCAAGUUAAAAGAUUUGACUCUGAGCACACAUGCCCCAUUGAUGUGCGUCAACGAAAUAACCGCCAGGCUACGUCUAGGCUUAUUGCCGAACUAAUCAAACACGAGUACGGUGAUCCCUCAAAUAAGCCAUAUCCUCCGAAAUCAGUCAUGCUUGAUAUGCAAACCAAGUAUGGCAUUUACAUGUCAUACAAAAAAGCAUGGAUUGCCAAAGAAUUGGCAAUGGAAUUGGCUAUGGGAUCUGAAAAACAAUCAUAUGCUCGGUUACCUUCCAUGUGUUAUGUGCUUGAUAGGAGUAACUCAGGUUCUAUUGUUUCUUAUUCCUGCAACGAAAAUGGUGAAUUUAAAAAAAAAAAAUCAUGUGCCUUUCUGCAUGGAAAGAUGGCUGCAUUCAUUGCAUUCCUGUUAUAAUUGUGGAUGGGUCUUUUUUGAAGUCAUAUUACAAGGGUACAUUACUCACUGCAUGUACACAAGAUGCAAACAAACAAAUAUUUCCUUUGGCAUUUGGUAUUUGUAGUGGGGGAAAUAGUGAAAACUGGUCAUGGUUCUUCAGCAUGUUGAAGCGUUCGUUGACGCAUAGGGACGAUCUAUAUAUUGUGUCUGGUCGGCACGAGGGCAUUAUUAAUGUUGUGCGUUUUGUAUUUCCUCAUGCGGAGCAUGGGUAUUGUGUUUACCACAUUCUGGCUAAUUUGAAAACAAGAUUUCGUGGUUCCCAAACAUCCGUGUCAUGGAAGUUUUUGCAAGCUGCUCGUGUAGGAUCUGUGUAUGAGUGUGAAGAGUACCUUCGCAUGCUUGAUGUUGAGGAUGAACGUAUUCGUACGUAUUUAGAGCGGAUCGGUCACGACAAAUGGUCUCGUGCAUAUGCCAGUCGGAAUCGAUACUCGGUUAUGAUGUCAAACAAUGCCGAGUCAUUAAAUGCAGUUAAUGCCACGGCCCGAGAAUACCCAAUCUGUAAGUUGAUAGAGUUUAUUAUUGCUAGGAUGCAAAAGUGGUUCUGUGAAAGGGGAGAAACUUCGACGUCGAAGACUUGUCGUUUAUCUACACACUUUGAGUCUGAGCUAGUAGUUUUACAAGCUAUGGCCGCCGUGAUGACAGUGAAACCAUCAUGCGCUUUUGAGUUUGAGGUGUUUGAUAAGAAAUCCCGCUCGUAUGUUGUCAACUUGAAGGAACGUACGUGCACUUGUCGGGAAUUUGAGCUUGAUGGAUUUUUGUGGGUACAUUCCGUUGCUGCCAUUCGCUCUCGACCAGGUCUUUCUUGCUACGAUUAUAUAUCAGAAUUCUAUACAGCACAUCAUUGGGCACAAACAUACUGUGGCAUUAUUCAUCCUAUUGGGAGUCCAGAUGGUUGGAUGGUACCCUCGCAUGUGAGUCAAAUCAUUUGCAAGCCCCCAUCAUGCGAAUCACGACCUCCUGGAAGGCCAAAGAAGAGAAGGAUUCCGUCUACUGGAGAACAUGUUCGGAAACAAACAUGCACUCGUUGUCACAUGGCUGGACACAACCGAAAGACCUGUAGAAAUCCGAUUCCGCUACACACGCGUUAAAAACUGCUUUUAAUUUGCUGUUUUUUGAAUAUUUCUACG